GCACUCCACAGCACAUCCCGUACGAUAACAAUAAAAUUAAAACACGUGCGCCGUCAGUCGAGGAGUUCAAAAAUUUGUCAGCUUUCAAUGAGAAUAAUAUGAGUAAUAGUAUUUUGUGGUGGUAAAACAGAAGUUCUAAAUUUGACUCCUAAAGUUUUCUUUUGUUUUGGAUAAAUUAAAGCAAUGGGGAAAGUAAAAAAAGAGGUGGUAGAACAAGAAGAACAGGCAACCGACGUAAGCAUUAAAACUGAAACUUUAGGUUAUGAAGACAAAGUUGAACAUUGCAGUGUAAUAGCGAAGCCGAUGGCACCAAAGAAGCUUAGCAAAAAGAUAUACAAACUUAUAAAAAAAUCAAGUGGCCACAAAAAUUAUAUAAGAAAUGGAUUAAAAAUUGUUCAGAAACAGCUGCGACUAGGAGAAAAGGGAAUUGUCUUCUUUGCUGGGGACAUAUCACCUAUAGAAAUCAUGUGUCACUUACCUGCUGUAUGUGAAGAGAAAGAUGUACCAUACUGCUAUACACCAAGUCGUAAGGAUAUUGGAGCAGCUAUGGGCACAAUGAGAGGAUGUAUAAUGGUGCUUAUCAAGGAACAUGAGGACUACAAGGACUUGUAUGAUGAAGUCAAGAGUGAAAUUAAACUUUUGGGACAUCCACUAUAAAAUAGUAAUAAGAUAGCCGUAAGUUCAGAUAGAGAGUUCUAUGAGGAGGGUUUAAUCAUAACGCCUAUCUCAGAUGACAAAAUUUUUGGGCUUGAUAGUCUUCGGCACACAAAAAGUCUGCAUUGAUCGUAUAGAUGAUUGAUUGUAUAGAUGUCUAGCGCCAUGAUACAUGUCAAUUAAAAGCAAGUGUAGACUACCGUGUAAGGUGUCAGAUCUAAGAAGAUAUUUUGUGUAUCAGACUUUUGCCAGUCAUAUGCAUUACUGCUUAUAAUUCUAUCGGUUUUAUUAUCACAGACUAAAAAGUGUGUCUUGGAUAGUCUGUCGUCGGUGAUAGGCCUUACAGUGACAAAUUUUAUAAUUCUACAGACAAGUAGUACAUGUAUAUUUCCCUGUUUUUGUAUUCCUGUGUGAAAUAAUGAAAUUGUUUCACAGAGGAACUGUCAAACCAUGUGUCACUAAAUUCUCUUGUAGAAAAUAUGUCCAUACAAAACAAAUAUUGAAUAUAAAAAUACUUAUGGGUCCCAAAUCGAAAUUAAAACUAUCCUAUCUCUCAAGUUGGACUAAACUGCACUCCGUGAAGUAUCCCCAUCAAAAUCCGUUCAUUAGUUUAGGAGUCCAUCACGGACAAACAUUACAUGUAAUUUAUAUAUAUCAAGAUAUAUAACGGAUUUCUACCUAUAUAUUGAUUCAUCACAAUAUUUCUGGAACCAUAAGGCCUAGAUUUGAAAUUUGGUAGAAAUAUUUCUUUCACUGAGUACAGGUCAUCUAAGAACGGAUUUUUACAAAAUAUCACCCGCAAGAGUUUAUUUAUUAUGAACAGUGCAAAGUCUGUUAGGUGAGCUAGUAGUCUCUAAAGACUGAGGGUAGAUUGAAAACAAUACUAAACAAGAACUUGGUGUUAAUAACCUGUUUUUUAUAUGUGUUAGUACAUUUUGGCAUGCAAUUAAAGUAUCAAUAACUACAUAGUGGCAAUGAAUACAACUUUCUGUUUAUAAUAAUAUAAGUUAGGAAUACUUUAGUAAUAAAAUAUAUUAAAUCCC